GUGCCGGCGCCGCGGGGCUACGCGCUGUGGCACGCGGAGCCGCGGCACGCGGCCGCCGUGCUGGAGGCGCUCCGCGCCUUCCACCUGGACGGGCUCUUCACGGACGUGGCGCUGCAGAGCGGCUCGGGGCGCCUCCUGCACUGCCACCGCGCCCUGCUCGCCGCCUGCAGCAGCUACUUCAGGGCCAUGUUCACCGCCGACAUGAAGGAGAAGUCCAAAAAGCACGUGCGGCUGCCGGGGCUGAGCCACGCCGUCCUGGAAGCGCUCGUGAACUACGCGUACACGGCGCAGAUCCACAUCACGGAGAGGAACGUGCAGAGCCUGCUGGAGGCCGCCGAUCUCCUGCAGUUCGUGGCCGUGAAGAAAGCCUGUGAGCGGUUCCUGGUCAGGCGCCUGGACACGGACAACUGCAUCGGGAUGCACUCCUUCGCCGAGUACCACCACUGCUCCGAGCUGGAGAAGGAGUCGCGGCGGAUACUGCUGGGGCAGUUCGAGGAUGUGUGGAAGCAGGAGGAAUUUCUGGACGUUGGCAAGGAGCAGCUCUUCUUUAUUCUCUCCCAAGAGAACCUCAACGUUUGGCAAGAGAAGACAGCCAUCGAAGCCGUCGUUAAGUGGGUUGCGCACAACGUGGAAGAAAGAAUCGAGGACAUCUGUGAGCUGCUGAGCUGCGUCAAAAUAGACUUGAACAGCGCGUAUUUAAGAUCAGCUCUAAGUAUACAGAAAAAAUGCCGGCUAAACGAUAGUAAGAUCAGGGCACUCGUGUACAACGCGCUGAACCCCAACCCCAAAGGCCUUCCCAAAAGGCCCACAGCAGUCAUGUAUGUGAUCGGAGGGUAUUACUGGCAUCCCUUAUCAGAAGUGCAUGUUUGGGACCCUUUAACCAAUGCCUGGGUGCAGGGGACGGACAUGCCAGAUCACGCCAGGGAGAGUUACGGGGUCACCAACUUGGGACCCAACAUUUAUGUGACAGGGGGUUACAAAACUGAGAGCAUCGAGGCCCUAGACACCGUGUGGAUCUAUAACAGUGAGCAAGACGAGUGGACAGAAGGCUGCCCCAUGCUUGAUGCCAGAUACUAUCACUGCGCCGUGUCCCUGGGGGGCUGCAUCUACGCGCUGGGUGGCUACAGGAAGGGAGCUCCCGUGCAAGAAGCCGAGUUCUACGAUCCUUUAAAAAAGAAAUGGGUGCCCAUUGCAAACAUGAUCAAAGGAGUUGGAAACGCCACCGCCUGCGUCCUGCACGAGAUCAUCUACGUGACCGGAGGCCACUACGGCUACAGGGGAAGCUGCACCUACGACAAGAUCCAGAGGUACCAUUCAGGCAGCAACGAGUGGAGCGUAGUCGCUACAAGCCCACAUCCAGAAUAUGGCUUGUGUUCAAUUACGUUACAAAACAAGAUCUAUUUUGUGGGUGGACAGACCACGAUCACGGACUGCUAUGACCCCGAGCAGAAUGAGUGGAAGCAGAUGGCUCCCAUGGUGGAGAGGAGGAUGGAGUGUGGUGCCGUGGUCCUGAACGGAUGCAUCUAUGUAACGGGAGGAUAUUCCUAUUCAAAAGGAACGUACCUACAGAGUAUUGAGAAAUACAACCCUGAACUUAACGUAUGGGAAGCAGUAGGUAACCUCCCCAGUCCUAUGCGCUCACAUGGCUGUGUUUGUGUGUAUAAUGUCUAAAAAGAUUUAAGAUUAAAAAAGAUCUGCUGUUACAGAAAAGAGCAAAUACACAGUAUUCAUAGUAAUACUGAUUACCUCGUUGAUCAGAUGUCUAACAUAAUCCUCUAGGUGAUUUUCAUAAAAAACUGUGGAUAUCUUGUAUUUAUUUUAAAUGAUUUAUACGUGAUUCACAGAUUCAUAUUCAUAUCGAUUCAAGGAUUCACGGGUUUAUAGAUUCAAAGAUAAAUGCAGUAACAAUAUUUUAAUAUAUUUUCAGUGCAAACAGUCUUGGUCAUAGAAGUUUUUGAAUGAUUUUCUUACAAUCCUUUCUGUAGCUACAUAGGAAUGACUGUGAAAAAAUGUAUUUGUUUUCAUUAAUACCUGUGUGGGACUAUAGUCUGGUGCUAAGGUGAGUAAAACCAAAGGAAAUACACUAUAUUUCAGGGGACUAAUGGGCUUAAGAUGAAAUCUCUGAUACUCUGAAAAUAGUUACAGAAAUUGUUGAUUGUCACAGCACAAGCAUGUGAUACAUGCACAGCAGUAUCACUUUGAGGACUGGCUUACCCCAUCCAGAACUAUCAGGCAAUUACUCUCCAAAUCUAAUUAUUCCUGUAAAUCUGAUUUAAGAUGCUGAAAUCAGAGGAAUGCAUGAGGGAAGAAAUGGCACGUGGCAGCCCAGCAGCACAAAGAAAAUGUGUGUUAGUUUUCCUGAAGCCAAGAAGUGAACUGCAGAAGUUCACCAUUUUAAAAAUACAAUUUUCACACUGAAAGGGCCUUUGGGAAGUGAAAAUAAAGAAGUCUCUCCAUUGCUUUGUGAUGGGCUCUUCGCUGAUUCACAGGUAUUGCUGACUAAUUUAUGAGAAAAGCCUUACUGUGAUAGCUGUCUUUGCAGUUGUGUUUAAGAUGUGUGUCUUCAGGGAAUGGAAAGAGCAAAGGAGAAAGACUGGAAUAUCCCUAAAAUCUUUCCCAAGAUACAGACAUCUCUGUGUUAUUUAAUACCACUCUCUCUUUUCCAAAGUGCUAAAGUGUGACUUGGAAGAAAAGCAACAAACGAAGAAACUUGUCCAAAAAUUAUACAUGUAGCAAUUUAAUGCUAAUUAGUCCACGGGAUUUAUUUUGUUCUUUCCAUCUGCGGUGUGGGAACUUUGCCUCCUGUCUAGAGGACUGCUCGACGUGGGCAGAAGGAUUGUGGCUUUCCCAGCUCUGCCCUGCAGUCUGGGGCCGGCGGAAAGCAGCAUCCCUCU